ACACCAAUACACCAACAAAAUUCGAGCAAAUCCUCAUAGUUAUGUCGUCGCGAGUAUUAUCGGCCACUUCAUUCACUCCCCUCCGUCCCACCACACCUAACAAAUCCAAACUUAAGCCCACGAUGAACUCAGCAAAGCCAUUUCUCUUCUCAUCAUCAUCGUCGUCGUUGGAGUUUGGUGUUAGAAAUGGGAGGGUAAAUUGCAACGCCGUGAGGGAAAGCUCUCAAGGAUCGAUUGAUCGAACCGUUUAUCAGGGCUCCUUUGGCCCAUGGACCAUUGAGCCUGAAGAUGUUCGAGAGGUUCUCUUAUACAGGUUCGGAUUAGUGACUGCUGCUUCAUCCUUUGUAAUUGCUUCAUCAGCUGCAUUUUUACCUAACAACUUUGCAUUGAAAGACAUCGUCGACCAAAACCUUAAUCUGUUUUACGUGAUCGGUGCCGGUGGAUUGGGGCUAUCCUUGUACUUGAUUCACAUCUAUAUAACCGAGCUUAAACGGACCCUUCAAGCGUUUUGGGCGCUCGGUGUUGUUGGCUCGUUGGCAACCUACUUAGCCCUUGCUCAACCGGCCGGAGAGAACUUGGUUCGGUAUGUUAUCGAGAACCCGACUGCUGUCUGGUUUGUUGGUCCUAUCUUUGCUGCAUUGACGGGCCUUGUUUUCAAAGAAGGUCUCUGCUAUGGAAAGUUGGAAGCUGGUAUUCUUACAUUCAUUAUACCUACACUUCUUCUUGGCCACCUGACAGGUUUGAUGGACGACGGAGUGAAACUUACUCUACUCGGUUCAUGGAUGGCACUCUUUGUUAUCUUUGCCGGAAGGAAGUUUACUCAACCCAUUAAGGAUGAUAUAGGCGACAAAUCCGUGUUCGUGUUCAACUCUCUACGAGAAGAUGAAAAGCUGGCCUUGAUCCAGAAACUUGAGAAGCAAAAACUACAAUCAGAUAGCUAAGAACAAGUGAACAACAUCAAUAGGGCGCAUGUUAGUGACGAAUGGGGGAAGACUUUUGAGCUAGUUAAUUUUGUUCGUGUACUCUUACCGUUGCCUGUUUCGAUCGAAUCCGGAAUCCGGUUUCAAGGUUUCGGGAUCUUGUUUCUUCGGGUUUGUUAUCAGUUAAAUUUUGGGGCAUCAAGACCUUAUUUCUUGGGGAUCUUUAUCGGUUAUGUAUAGCAUGAAAACUUUGGUGUAAAUAACGUAAGAUUUGA